GAAGCCGAGGCGUCGAAAUGCGUCAUUUCCGUUUCCUGUGAGUCACAAUAACAUCUCCUCUGAGUUGAGCUGUUUUUCAUGAGCUAACCUGCGCUCAUUCUAUUAUUACUAUUUUCCCAUAGCUCAUAGAGGAAAACAUGUCAGAUACGGAGACCAAACCCUCGGGCCAAGACUGUGGUGAUAAGAAGGAUGGGGAGUACAUCAAGUUAAAGGUGAUCGGACAGGACAGUAGUGAAAUCCACUUCAAAGUGAAGAUGACAACACAUCUGAAAAAGCUGAAGGAGUCUUACAGCCAGAGACAGGGCGUCCCAGCAAGUACACUCAGGUUUCUGUUUGAAGGCCAGAGAAUUGCAGAUAAUCAAACUCCAAAAGAGCUCGGAAUGGAGGAUGAAGAUGUCAUUGAGGUAUAUCAAGAACAGACAGGUGGACUUUGGAACGAUUAAGCUGCUUGUAUUCGUACUUUGUAUCUUGUUUUUUUUUUUUUUUUUAAUGAAUUUAUUUUGUUCACUUUGAACCAUCUGGAUCAAAACAAUCUGGGCUUCCAUGCAGCGGGAGAGGAAGGUGAGGAUGAGGACUGGGGAGUGUUGCAGGAGGGCUCAUGAGCUCACCAUCUAUGUCAUGUCAUGACACAACAGGGAUUUGUAUGGAUGUCUUUCAGUUCUCAACUCUCUCAAGGAAGCCAUCUCCUGUACUGUCACAUACGCAAACAUUCUGCACCAACAGCGUCAGGAUGUAAACAUUACCGCAUGUAAACAAGUGACAUACAAUUUUUUUAAUGUACUUAAUUCUAAGCAUUGCAUUUCACUUGUACAGAUUUGGAAAGCCCUACUGUUUGCUUUGAGGGUGAUGAUGCAAUAAUUUGUCAAAGAGACCACUGUCUACAUUUGCAAAUGUUUCCCAUGAUUUGGUAUUUGGUAUGGAUUUUUUUUUUAAAUGUUAACUGUGUUCGUACAUGUUGAUGUCGGUUUUAGUUGUUGCGUGAUAAAAACAUGUCCUUUGUAGUCUAUUGCUCAUAUUGGAAGAGUCAUUGUGUAAAUAAAAUGCUUGCUGCACCCCUUUGAA